UUCGGUGCGGGAGGGCCAGCCAGCCGCGCGGGCCGCGUGUGUUCUGUGUCGUCGUCGCCGCCGCCGACGCGGGGGCGUAAUUUUUUGCUCGUGCCUGUGUGCUGCGUGAGCACGCGUCCGACCCCGAAGAACUGCUUCUUCCUCCCUUUUGUUGUGCACCCUCCACCUCUUCGCUCGGCCGGAGCGGCAGCAGACACAGCGCCGGAGAGAAAGAGAGAGAAGGCGGCACACUUCCGCCGUUUUCCUUGCGCUCAGUGUGCGCACGGCCUCUCGACUGUGUGCGUGUGUUUCUGUGCGUGCAGCACUCCGGUGCUGCUGCAGAAUUCUCCGUGUCGCCGACGGUCGCAUUCCAACUUCCUCGGUUGGCCGUUGCGCCCUUCCAAGACGUGCGAGACGCGGUGCGUGUGUAUAUGUGUGAAAGAAAUCCUGCUUGCAGUGCGUGUGCCUCGGCGGUCGCUGCUGUGGAUUCCGCCGACGUUUUCCGUCGUCGUCUGCACUGUGCCGAUCCCGGCGAGCGGCGGCCGUCUGCUCUGGCUCCGGCCCGCUUGCCGUUUCGGUGAGGCGCUCGCCGCGCUUAUCGACCUUUUUCUCCUCUUACGGAUUACUUCCUUUCGUGUGUGUUUAUAUACAGCUCGUUGCAGUGUUUCGCAACUCCGUACGGAACUGCCGUUUUGAGCGCGUCUGGCCUCCCUUCGCCGCCGGCGACGGGUCUCCGUUUGUACACACACGCACCGUACGGUUACGAAAGCGCCGAAGCACGAGAAGGUGCGGUCGCCGCCUUCGCGCGCAGCUGGUUUCGCUGCUUGGGAAUGCGUACGUCGCUGCAGUCAGCUGUGGGGUCGGUGCUGCUCGUUGAGUCUUCGCGGUGGAGGAAAGGACGGCUCUCCUGCUGCUUCGACGAGUGUAGGCCUGCGUCUUGAGGCAACGAGAAAGUACUGUGCGAACGCUUUUCUCGCCCGCGACGGUUCGCUUUCUUGCGCGGCCCGCGUUCCUUUCCGUUUGCUGCUGGCCUCUGUGGGUCGCUCCGAAAGGCACCGAGGUCACGCCUAUAUCGAUUCCCGCGCGGUCCAGCAAGGGCGUGUGGAAACCGCGUGUGUAGCUUUCGCUGAGAGACCAUGAGCGCGCGUAAACAUCGACUAUCCAGUCUUAUGCAUGCUUUUCUGCGACUCUGUGAGUCUUUUAUCGUUGCUGAAGGAAAUAACAAUUUCUUGUCGAUUGGUGACAUCUUUGAGUGAUCGGGGAGACCACGAACGUCGAUCGCCUUGCUUUACUUUUCUCGCCGAUGUGUUAACGAAAAGAAGUUAUCAAUAGGGGUCUCGGGCUACUCCUACUUUGCCUUCUGGUAUUUGGAAACAGCCGCACGGGGUCAUCUUUCGUUGGGCGAGCGUGAAAUUGGCCCUGGAGGAGGGCGUGUUCAGUGUUUACCAACAGAUCAGGCUGCGAGAGCGAAGCCCUCGCGCUCUACGCUCCUUUCCCCUGUGGCCCUGUUACCAUGACAUCGUGCGGGCGGCGUGCUCCGAAUGUGGUUACCACGGCAACCAUGUCGCGAACGGCAUUUUGGGAUCGUUUCGGGCCAGGUGGCUCAUCCGCGUCGUCUGCUGUAACUCUCCGUUGAUAAUCGUCUGGCGUGCAUGGAAUUCAACCUGGCGCUGUGCGAGCUUCGUUGUCCCCGGUUUUGUUCGCUUAGGGCAAGGAAAGAGUGAAUCAGAAAGAAUACACGAAAGAAAAAGACGCGAGGCAGUCUGACUCGUUUACGAGAAAAUCCUGCGCCAAACUAGUACAAAGAAAAACAAAAUCGACAGUCAGCUAACUACACUGCCAAGCGUAGAAAACGACCAACAAUCGCUCAUCCGACGUAUAGUUAUUUUGUCAUCUGCAUUAGUACGUUAAUUAAAAUACCAAUCGUUGUUGUCGUCGUUUCUUGUUAUUGCGUUAACCUCGUUUUACUGCCGUUCUUGUUACCGUCCCGGGCACGUUCGCAGUUUCCAUCGUUGGCGCGACAACACUUUUAAACGCAGCCCGAUCCCCGUCCUAACAACGUUGACGUUUCCAGAGAAAGCGCGUUUGCGGUUCUGCUUUUUCGCCCAGAGGGAGAGCGAAAGAGCUUGGCGUCUCUCCAGGAAACGAGGCCGACGUUGCAACAGCCGCGAGCAUUGCUGCUCCUGUCGCUUGCCGCCGCCGUCUGGCUGACUGUUGUGUUGCGUUGCGCUUCGCGAAGGCGACUGACCGAAGGAACGACUGAGUGGCCGCGAUUCGCAAGCGCAGGAGUGCGUUUGUUUCUGGCCGGCUACUUGGCUGCACCCGUGCGCACGGAUUUUCUUCGGCGGCGCUUUGCCUCGAGGAGCGGACCUCCGUCGGGAAGGCGUAUCGCACAUUUCUCGACGGAGCAGCGUCGGGAGCCUUCGAGAGAGGAGGCAGUGGCGUCCGUGUGCGUUAACAUUGCGUGCACAAAGAGGUGCGCUCGCGUUCCUUUGCGCGCCGUUCGUGCAAUUCCUGCUAACCGAACGCGCUAGCGGCAUCUGAUCGCGCUGCGGGACACCGGCGUUGGUUGUUGCAUCGGCGGCCCUCCUCUCGCCCGCGCUCAUCUGUGCCGUUGGGCGUCGCGCUCUCUGGCUUUACGUAAAGCGCGGGGAUUCUCGACGUUUGCAUCCAUCCUGCCGAGCCCUCCGUCAACCUCUGUGUGUGCGUGCGUGUGCUGUGUUGACGUCACAACCGGUGUUACAUGGUGACUGCCGGCUGCGCGUCGUCGACUCGCCUGGCUGCGUGCGCUCCCGACGGCAUCAUCCGAUCGUCGCCCCGCGCCGAGCCUCUGGAUUUUAAAGGUCGUCGGGCGUCCCUGACCGCGGCGUCGGCUUGAUCUCCGGGACAUCCCCGCCGUCGCUCCAGGCUGCGUACGUCUAUCAAAGCUUUCCGCCAAGUGCUUUACAUCGACCCUGGCUUCUCACGGUCCAAUGAAAUCCACCUGCGUCUUGGGUUGAUGUUCAAAGUCAUCGCUGACUAUGAGUCUGCUCUCAAGCAUUUUCAGUUAGCACAGAGUGACUCGAGGCAGAGCACAUUUACAAAACCCGAAGUGCGCUUUCACAUUGCUCACGUUCUGGAAGUCCAGGGAAAAUACAAGCAGGCGAAGGAAGCUUAUGAGCAGCUCCUUGCUGUAAAGGACAUCAGUCGCACGGUGCGGGCUGAAACUUUAAGGCAGCUGGGUUGGAUGCACCACACUCUAGAGGUCCUGGGGGAAAAACCACAACGUCAAGCAUAUGCACUGCACUGCCUCCAGAAAUCCAUUGAGGCCGACCCGACAAGUGGCCAGUCAUUGUACUUUCUAGGACGCUGCUUUGCUAGUAUUGGCAAGGUGCACGAUGCUUUCAUCUCUUACCGCAACUCAGUGGACAAGGCAGAGGCCAACGCAGACACCUGGUGCUCCAUAGGAGUGCUCUACCAGCAGCAGAGCCAGCCGAUGGACGCCCUGCAGGCAUACAUUUGCGCUGUGCAGUUGGACAAGGCACACAGCCCCGCCUGGACCAACCUGGGUGUGUUGUACGAGAACUGCAGCCAACCACAGGAUGCUCUCAAGUGCUACCUCAACGCCAUGCACGGAAGUUCAUCGUCCUCCAGCAACCUGGCAGGCCGAGUCAAGUUCCUGCAGACGCAGCUGAGCGCUGCGCCUCCAGCAAGUGUGCAGAAGCCCCGGCAGCUGCCAUGCAUUGAGGAUGCCUGGAACAUUCCAAUCUCUCAGGAGAUGGCCUCCAGGCAAAACAAUCAGCAAAACCGAAGCCCAGCAGGCUCUGCCCCUCAGCAGCGCCCGGGCUACCCCCCAGACCAGGUGGAUGGGAACAGCACCAAGAAGCUCAAGGUUGCCUCGGGUUCGCCUCGGGCUAUGACUCCAGGGACUAGUGAUGUGGGGCCCGACCACAGGGCAGCUGUCCCUGCUGGCCCCCCACCGCCCUUCUACCUGAGCCAGCAGCAGCUGCAGGUGCUAGCCUACCUGCAGCAGAACCAGGAGACGCUGAACCCCCAGCAACGCAAUCUGCUGCAGCAGCUGCAGCAGCAGCACCGGCUCAUGCAGCAGCACAGGCAGCAGCUGCUCCUCCAGAGGCAGCAGGCACAGCAGCAAGCGCAGCAGCAGCAGCAACAGCAGCAAGUUGCGGGAGGUAACUUUGCUGCACCCCCUCGGCCCUAUGGGCCCUCGUACGCCAUGACUCCUGGCCAGAGGGCCAACGGCUAUGCACCCCCACAGCAGGGCAGUCAGGGCGCCCCUUCAGCUGCCUAUCGGCUCCCGCAACCGCAGGGCCGACCUCCACCUCCUGUGGCACCUCUGAGUGACCAGGACCUGCAGCUGCUCUUGUCACAGAGUAAAGACACUGCAUCGAGCCUGGCUGAAGACAUCCUGGCCCAUCUGGCUGGACCAGACCUUCUCGACACGCCCAGGCUUACAGAGGCUGGACUACCAAGUGCUCCAUCUGAUGACAGCACAGCAUCGAAGAGCGCACCUGAGGAGUCGAAGGACACUCUUAAGAGUGGUCUGGCGGAACGACUGCUACCAGGACAAACCAAGCCGGCCCUAUCUAUCGCCAUGUCGGCAGCGGAAGUGUUGGAAGGUUGUGCAGAUAUAGCACGCCAGGGAGGGGCCUUCCCACUGAGCCUGCUGUCGGAUGACCCCACGCCUCCACGACCACCGGAUCCCCCCUCGCCACCACCCACCAAGGAGCAACUGCUGCCUCAGACACCCAGUGUUUUCUUGGAGAACAAGAAGCAGGCCUUCUCGCCGCAGCUGCAAGAGUUCUGCGUGGCACACCCCAUUGCAGUGAUCCGGAACAUGGCCAACGUUCUUAAAUUGGAUCUUGGCCUUUUCUCUACGAAAACACUUGUAGAAGCCAAUCCGGACCAUACGAUAGAGGUUCGCACGCAGCUGAUGCAGUCGCCGGAUGAGAACUGGGACGCCGAGCGCCGGAGCAUGGUGUGGCGCUGUGAGAGUCAUCGGUCACACACAAGCAUAGCUCGCUAUGCUCAGUACCAGGCAUCCUCGUUCCAGGAAUCCCUCAAGGAGGAGCAAGAGAAGGCACAGGGUGUGCAGCGAGAGUCGGACAGCGACUCCAACUCGUCGCUGACUCGGACAUCAGCGGGUGGCAAGCGGUGGCGGCGCAGUGCCCACUUCAAGACCAUCAAGUUCGGCACCAACGUGGAUCUGUCCGACGAGCGCAAGUGGCGCCCCCAGCUGCAGGAGCUGACCAAGCUGCCAGCCUUCGCACGAGUUGUCUCUGCGGGCAACAUGCUCAGCCACGUGGGCCACACCAUUCUCGGCAUGAACACCGUGCAGCUCUACAUGAAGGUGCCGGGCAGUCGUACACCUGGCCACCAGGAGAACAACAACUUCUGCUCCGUCAACAUCAACAUUGGACCAGGAGAUUGCGAAUGGUUCGCUACGCCAGAAGAAUAUUGGGGUGUCAUUCAUGGUCUCUGUGAACGGAACAACAUCAACUACCUCCAUGGAUCAUGGUGGCCCCUGAUGGAGGACCUCAUGGCAGCACGCAUCCCAGUCUAUCGGUUUCUGCAGCGCCCGGGCGACUUGGUGUGGGUCAAUGCUGGCACCGUGCACUGGGUGCAGGCAGUGGGCUGGUGCAACAAUAUUGCCUGGAAUGUGGGCCCCCUAAACGGCACCCAGUUCAGGCUAGGCCUUGAGCGGUACGAGUGGAAUAAGCUGGAGGCCUACAAGUCUAUUGUGCCCAUGAUCCACCUCUCCUGGAACCUGGCACGAAAUCUCAAGGUCUCCGAGCCGCAGCUCUUCGAGCUGAUCAAGUACUGCCUCCUCCGGUCACUGAGGCAUUGUCAGGUAGUGAUCGAGUUUGUCAAGGGCCUCGGCAAGGAGAUCCGCUGGCACGGACGAGCCAAGAAUGAGAUUGCCCACUACUGCACCAACUGUGAGGUUGAGGUAUUCAACAUCCUUCUGGUGAGAGAGGUCGACAAGAAGCAUGUGGUUCACUGCCUCAGCUGCAGCCGUCGCAUCAACCCUCGCCUUGACGGAUUCGUCGUGCUUGAAGAGUACUCCAUAGAAGACCUCAUGGAUGUCUACGACAACUUCUCCCUGCAGCCUGCACAAACUCCUUCGAGCUCAUCAUGACAGUCAGCAGGGAGCCCAUGUACCAUACCUUGACUGCUGGAACAGUCACCCAGUCAGCCACUGCACUGGCCCGAGCAGCUGGCCUGAAGAGCGUACGCCCCCUCGUCAAGGUCCUGCCCGCACCUCUGAAGAAGCAGCAGCAGCAGCAGCAGCAGUCGUUCAUGCACAUGUACAUAGCAGACCUGGCAUCAAGGGGACAAGUGCUGCUGUUUGUUGCUCAUUGCACACUGCUGUGGACAUUGCGUUCUCUUCAUACUUAGUGUGCCCCUAGAAGUAAGGGUGGGUGUGGGGGGGGGGGG